GAUAUCAUCUGAUAUAAAUCCUUUGAACUUUCCAGACCCUAAAGGUCUUGUAAUUGAAUCGUGAACGCAAGGAGCAGUACAUGCAUCCGAAGGUCUCCAAUUCUACCUUCAUUCCCUUUUCUACCCCCUCCUUUCAUCUGCGGUUCGUCCGCUCCGCAAAAUGGCAGCGCCCCAUACACCCCAGGCCCUUAACGGGUGUGGGGACGAGGACCGCCAGUCUUCUUCCUCGGAGCAACUCGAAGCCGCGUCUGAUAAGGUGAAGGACCUCGAGAAUCAACGACAGCCCGGGGUGCAGUCCGAUUCGGACACAGAUGAUAUCGGAAGACAGAUCGAGAUGGAGGCGGGUAACUCCAUCAAAUAUCGAACAUGUAGUUGGCAAAAGACGGCUGCGCUGCUCUUUUCUGAAUAUAUCUGCUUGGCUAUCAUGUCGUUCCCUUGGUCUUAUUCCGUUCUAGGGCUAGUCCCAGGAUUAAUUCUGACAGCCGUCAUCGCCGGGAUUGUGCUUUACACUUCUCUGAUUACCUGGAGAUUCUGUCUGCGCCACCCUCAUGUUCGCGACGUAUGUGAUAUCGGCCAGCACCUCUUCUGGGAUUCGAAGAUUGCCUGGUAUCUGACCGCCGUAAUGUUUUUGCUGAACAACACCUUUAUUCAGGGUUUGCAUUGCUUGGUGGGCGCCGAAUGGCUCAACACGAUUUCCCAUCAUGGCACUUGUACCAUCACCUUCUCUUUCAUUACGGCCAUUGUCUCCUUCAUCUUCUCACUCCCAAGAACAUUCAGCACGCUGUCCAAGGUUGCGACGUUCUCGGCACUGUUCACCUUUAUAUCAGUGAUGUUGGCCGUUAUCUUCACGGCUAUUGAGGAUCAUCCCGCCAAAUACACUUCAGCGAAAGGGGACCCAAUUGUGACUGCCGUUCCUGUGGCUGGGACAACGUUCGUUUCGGGCGUCAAUGCUUUUUUAAACAUCAGCUAUACAUUUAUCGGCCAGAUCACCCUCCCCAGUUUCAUCGCUGAGAUGAAGGAGCCCAAAGAUUUCUGGAAAUCAGUUACGGCCGUCACCAUUGCGGAAAUCAUUGUAUUCAGCCUGGUGGGCGCGAUCGUCUAUGUCUACACCGGCAACCAGUAUAUGACCGCCCCUGCGUUUGGCUCUAUCAGCAAUGAGGUGUACAAGAAGGUGUCCUUCUCGUUCAUGGUUCCGACCUUGAUUUUCCUUGGAGUGUUGUAUGCAUCUGUCUCUGCCCGUUUUCUCUUCUUCCGUCUUUUCGACGGAACGCGCCACAAAGGCAAUCAUACCGUUGUUGGAUGGGCUGCUUGGGCUGGAAUACUGGCUGUUCUUUGGGUCUUGGCCUUCAUCAUUGCGGAAGUGAUCCCCUUCUUCUCUGACCUGCUGUCUAUCAUGAGCGCAUUAUUCGAUUCGUUCUUCGGAUUUAUCUUUUGGGGUGUCGCUUACCUCCGGAUGCGGCGCGAAGACUACGGGCCGGGUUUCUAUAAGAAUCGAGGCUUUCGAGGCUGGUUCGGUUUUAUUCUGAAUAUUUUCCUGAUCAUUGUCGGUCUAUUUUUCCUAGGACCCGGAACCUAUGCCGCCGUUGACAGCGUGGUCUUGAACUAUCAAGCUGGAACCGUGGGUAGUGCCUUCUCCUGCGCUGAUAACGGACUGUGAUGAGUUUACAUUGUGUUUGACCAUUUUCUUUCCUUUACUCCUUCUAUAUUCCCCCCCUUUUUUUCAUGUCAUGUUUCGGGAUAAUAACAUAUGUAUCUUCCAACGUGUACGGCCCUGGAGGUUUCGAAAUGACUGCGGGAGGACUUGUUUUAUCGUUAUGAGUGUAUUCGGGUUGCAGCAGCUUUUCUGCCAGACUGACUACCUAUUUGUGUUAUUGUGGUAAUGAAUCCGAAUGGCACUGCAGCGACGAAGUAGCUCUCUCGCAGACGGUUGUCAGGCGUUGAGAUAGCCUGACUUCUCAGGACCACAUACGGCUCUCUUCCGUGGUCCGGGGUGAGAGAUAUCAUUAUCACCCUUUUCGCAGCAGGUUCCGAUCCAGGCUCUCUUGAUCCACAGUUAUUGUAAAUAUGAAUGUUUAUCGAGUAAAGGAAAUCCGCCCGUCGGGGACGGAGUGACAAGAGUACGGC